AUGAUUCACGGAAAUUUUGAUUUGAAACAAAUUAACAACUGUGUUGAAAAAACUUAUCAGAAGAUCCAAUGUAAACAGGAUUCCCUUAACAAUCAGUUAGCAUCUUCGAGCAAAUAUUUAGAUGAUGCUCUCAAAAAAUUAUGCGCAUUAAAAGCUUCAUUAAAUGCAAUUGAACUCGGUUCGCAACCGAGGCAAGAAAACAAAACUCUUAGAGAAUAUCUGAAAGCUCUGAAGAAAUCUCUUUCAUCUAUGAUGAAGGGUUUCGAAUCCCAAAUGAAAGGUGAAGUCAAUUGCCCUUUAAAGGAUUCAUUGCUUCGCUACACUCACCUUUUCCAUCAUUUACUUUUUGGAGAUAGUGCUAAUCUAAUUGCAGUAUUUGGCAGAAUAAUUUUCCAUCCAGGAUAUCUAAAACUUGGAACUUACAAUUCAUCGUUUGACACGCUGGCGUCUUGUAAAAGGCCUGGAAGCUACAUCUUUCGUAUCAGCUCGAGCAAAUCAGGUUUUUGGAGUGUUGCCUAUGUUAGCUCGAACCUUGAAAUUCUUCAAGCCAUGUCCUACGACUGGUUAAUCAUCUUCUCUAUAAAUUAUGGUCAUCAGCAGGGAUUGUAUCUCUAUCCGCGUGGACAGGACAGCAUCGACGACUUUUCUGAUUUGUGCAAACAGAUUGCACCCUCAAUACAAAAUCCAUCUGGAGAAACAUGUCGAAAAUGCUUUAAGAAUUCCGCUAAUACUCGAAUGGAGCCCUGUGGGCAUUCCUGUUGUCGUGCAUGUUACAAAGAAAUUUUGUCAACAAGUGGCCCUCCCGGACAACCAACGGAGGACAAUGGUGGUUAUCGUCAUGCAGGUGAAGUAUCUUCCGAUAAUGACAAUGAGGCUUUUAAAGCGGCGCAAGCAAACAAAGGAGAGACUAAAGAAUUUAUUAAUGCAGUUGAAAAGAUAACGAACAUAGGUGGAUGUGAAAAAAAUAUUGUGGAGGCUAACCUACGAACUCUUAUUAAUAUGGGAAAAUUUCCUUUUGAUGAUUCUGUCGAGGCGCUCAUUGAGGCCAAGGGUAAUCGAGAAGUGGCCUACAGACUCCUAAAGCAGAAAAAAGCCUCUUAG